GCCGACCAACGACGUAAGUGGGACAAGAGACUUGGUCCAAACCCUGUCCGGCCCAGCAGCCCGCGGCCCAUCCACCCGGACAAGAGACUUUGGUCCAAACCCCGUCCGCCCAGCAGCCCGCGGCCCAUCCACCGUAGGAUCCCAGCGGCAGCGUCCCAGAGUGGCUUCCCACCUGGCACUGAUGCUGGCUCCUCAGCUGGAAAGCCGCUGAGUCUUCUGGAUGCCGACCAACAACGUAAGGGGACAAGAGACUUUGGUCCAAACCCCGUCCAGCCCAGCAGCCCGCGGCCCAUCCACCGUAGGAUCCCAGCGGCAGCGUCCCAGAGUGGCUUCCCACCUGACACUGACGCUGGCUCCUCAGCUGGAAAGCCGCUGAGUCUUCUGGAUAUGGCACUCAAUAAUCCUCAGCCGUUGUGGGACGGCCCAAAGCCGCAGUGGGUGAAAAACAUGGAGGUUUGUAUGGAAAGGAGAAAGGUGUUUGGCGGCUGGCACAAGAGUGCCACUCAGCCUGCAGGUAAGCCUGACUAUGGUUUCUCUAAGCCCCGGCCAAAAACUCCUUAUGGCUCCCCACAUUUCUACAGCUUUUCGCCUUUUCCUUCGCCCUGUUGCUCCCCGUGUGGCUCUGAAUCUGGAUCUCCAAGUGGCUCCCCACUUGGCUCUAACCCUGGCUCUUUAAGUGGCCCCCCUUGUGGCUCUAAACCUGGCUGUCCGUGUGGCCCCCCUUGUGGCUCUAACUCAGACUCUCCAUGUGGCUCCCCACGUGGCUCCAACCCUGGACUGCCAAGUGGCCCCCCUUGUGGCUCUGACCCUGGCUGUCCAAGUGGCUCCCCACUUGGCUCUAACCCUGUCUCUUUAAGUGGCCCCCCUUGUGGCUCUAACCCUGACUGUCAAAUGGCUUCCCACGUGGCUCCAAGCCUGGUUUUCCAAGUGAAUUGCCACAUAGUUCUAACCCUCGUUCUCCAUGCGGCCCCCCUUGUGGCUCUAACUCUGACUCUCCAUGUGGCUCCCCACGUGGCUCCAACCCUGUACUGCCAAGUGGCCCCCCUUGUGGCUCUGACCCUGGCUGUCCAAGUGGCUCCCCACUUGGCUCUAACCCUGUCUCUUUAAGUGGCCCUCCUUGUGGCUCUAACCCCGGCUGUCAAAAUGGCUCCCCACGUGGCUCCAAGCCUGGUUUUCCAAGUGAAUUGCCACAUAGUUCUAACCCUCGUUCUCCAUGCGGCCCCCCUUGUGGCUCUAACUCUGACUCUCCAUGUGGCUCCCCACGUGGCUCCAACCCUGUACUGCCAAGUGGCCCCCCUUGUGGCUCUGACCCUGUCUGUCCAAGUGGCUCCCCACUUGGCUCUAACCCUGUCUCUUUAAGUGGCCCUCCUUGUGGCUCUAACCCCGGCUGUCAAAAUGGCUCCCCACGUGGCUCCAAGUCUGGUUUUCCAAGUGAAUUGCCACAUAGUUCUAACCCUGGCUCUCCAUGUGGCCCCCCUUGUGGCUCUAACUCUGACUUUCCAUGUGGCUCCCCACAUGGCUCCAACCCUGGACUGCCAAGUGGCCCCCCUUGUGGCUCUGACCCUGGCUCUCCAACUGCCUUCCCUUCUAUCUCUGACUCUAGCUCUUCGAGUUGGUUCCCUUCUGUCUCUGACUCUGGUUCUCCAUGCGGCUCUCCAAAAGACUCGCCACAUGGCUCUGACCCUGUCUCUCCAUGUGGUUCUCCAAAAGGCUCCCCACAUGUCUCUGACCCUGUCUCUCCAUGUGGCUGUCCAAAAGGCUCCCCACAUGGCUCUGACCCUGGCUUUCCAGGUCCCUCCCCUUGUAUCUCUGACUCUAGCUCUUUACGUUGGUUCCCAUCUAUCUCUGACUCUAGCUCUCCAUGUGGCUCUCCAAAAGGCUUGCCACAUGGCUCUAACCCUGUUACUCCAUGUGCCUCCUCACGUGGCUCUGAGCCUAGUUCUCAAAGUGGCUCCCCACAUGGCUCUCACCCUGGCUCUCCAAGGGGCUCCCUAAAUGGCUCUGACCCUGGCUCUCCUGUGGCCUCCAGUGAGCUUCCACUUUUAUGGAGCAACCCAGAGCUUAAGUGGGUGAAGAACAUGACCCUUUUGAUAAGGAGGGGAAAACCAUUUGGCAGCAAGAGAACCACUGAACCUGCAGGUAAGUCUGGUCCUGGUUCUCCAAGUGGCUCCCCACCUUGCUCUGACUCUGGCUCUUCAAGUGGCUCCUCUUGUAGCUCUGACUCUGGCUCCUCGAGUGGCUCCCAUUGUAGUUCUGACACUAAGUCGACCUUGAAAAAGGAGGGAUGCCGGACCUCUAGGGCGUCAGAUGAUCCUACCAAGAUCCCUCAAACAACGCUAAAGAGGGUGACCUACUCUGACCAACCUCAGGUACCCACUUCAUCUUUGAAAGCAGGCCCCUCUAGAAGACCAUGUGCACCUAGUGCUCCUCUGCCGUCAUGGAGGGGCCCUGAGCAGAAGUGGGUGAAGAACAUUAGGAGUUUAUUGAACAUGAGAAACCAGGGCAGGGGGCGCAAGAGAGCCGCUACAGGUAAGUCUGCUAGUAAGUACUUUUGUCAUUAAAUUGAUUUUUAAUUCAGCUCUUCUGAUUUUAUCGUGCUAAAUUGUGUUGAAUGUAUUUGAAUAACUUUGCUUUUAAUCUUUUGAAUUUUUAUUUAAUUCAUUUGAAUUGAUCUGAGUUUAUUUAAAUUGAAUUUAUUAAUUGCCUGGAAUUUAAAUGCUUGGAAUUCAUUUGAAUUAUUUGAUUGAUUUUUUUGUAUUUAUUUGAAUUGAACAGAAUUUAUAUGAAUUGCAAUGAAUUUAAUUGCUUUGAAUUGAUUUCAAUUGGUUUGAAUUAUUUGAAGUAUUUGAGUUGAAUUCAUUUAAAUUGAACUGAUUUUUUUAUGGACUUUAUUUGAAUUGCUUUGAAUUACUUGGAAAGGAAAUGCUUUACAUAGUUUUCAGUUGAUUAUAAUUUAAUUAAACUAAAUUAUAUGAAAUAUAAUUAGAUGAAAGGACAUGUUCUGGUUAGAUCCGAGUCCUUGUUGCUGCGUAAUGACUCAGGCAGGGUGUCUGCAC